UUAAUUUGUUAUCUUACUCAGCGGUUAAUCGCAGAAAGUAUACCGCCAUGUUGUCUGAUUUCUUCAUCUUGAGUUCUCGAGGAGAUACGCUUGUAUAUCGCGAUUACAGAGGGGAUGGUGUGAAAGGAACCCCAGACAUCUUCUACAGGAAAAUAAAAUCUGGCAAGGAAAGUCUCCCUCCAAUAUUUAAUGUUGAUAGUGUCAACUUUAUCUUCAUCAAAAGAAAUGGACUCUACUUUGUUUCCACCACAAAGUUUAAUAUUUCACCUGCCUUUGGUGUUGAAGUACUAACAAGAAUUUCAGAUCUUUGCAAGGAUUACUGUGGUGUUCUUGAUGAAGAAGCAAUCAAAUGUAAUUUCCCUCUUAUUUACGAGCUGCUGGAUGAAGUAUUGGAUUUUGGGUAUGUCCAGGUUACAUCAACAGAGAAUCUCAAGGCAUAUGUAUGUAAUGUCCCUGAGGUAGCCACAAGAUCAGAGGAACCACUGUGGCAGUGUACUGGAAGAGUAGUAUAUGGUACUGAUAAGAUGUCUCUGCCAAGUACUGCUGCUAAUAAGCCUGUGGUUCUUCCAAAGAUGAUACAGAGAGGAAAGAAACGGGAAGUAUUUUUGGAUUUGUUAGAAAGGCUUACAGUAUUGGUUGGUACAAAUGGGAACAUUUUAAGGAGUGAAAUUGAUGGAUGCAUUCUGAUGAAAAACUUUGUGGCUGGUUCUCCAGAAGUAAAGAUCAUGUUAAAUGACGAUUUCUUUGUUGGAAAGUCUGAUGUGGUUUCCAGAGUUGACAGUGUAGCAUUGAGGCUGGACGACUGUACGUUUCAUGAGUCUGUCGACUUAACCAACUUUGAAUCAACACGAACACUUCUAGUGAAUCCACCAGAAGGAGAGUUUGUUGUUAUGAAAUACCGACUUUCAGAGGCCAACCAGUCAAAUCUUCCUUUUACCUUGAUUGCCUUUGUCGAGGAAAAUGAAGAUUCAAAAAUUCUUGAAGUCGCACUCAAGUUGAGAUGCAAUGUGCCUUCCUCAAGUUGCGCCAACAACAUUGUUGUGAAGUUACCGGUACCAAAGUUAACAGACAGUGUUUCACAUCACAUAACAUCCGGGACACAAACAGGAGAGUUCAAGUCAUCCGAAAAAGCCUGGUACUGGAAUAUUAAGAAACUUCAAGGAGGGUCGGAAUUAUCAGCGUCUAUUAAGGCGCAUAUGAGUGAAAUACGAAAAUCUUCACGGAAAGAAGUCGGCCCCGUAAGUUUGGACUUCGAAAUACCAAUGCAUAUAUGCUCCGGUCUCCAAAUCCGAUAUGUGCGCGUACAGGAUCGAGAGAAAGCUUGCAGCCUCUUUCGCUGGGUUCGUUACAUCACUCAUAGCGAUUCCUAUGUGUUUCGUAUAUAACUGGAGGCUGCGGAGAAUAUGCCGGGAAGAUACUGAAAAACAUCUCGGAUAGAUCGAGCUCUGGUUUAGAAAAGCUAAUUAAGUGCUACGUGUUCGCCUCUUCUUAAACGUUAAGCGCGCAUUGCAUUUUGGUGAAUAUCAUGGUAGUCAUGGAAAUUUAAAGAAAAGUUAAUCCAUAGAUCGCAUAAAUUGUAACUCAAGUUCGAUGGGUUAUUAUUUCUCACAACUUAGUGUUUUGAAGUCACCGAUUCAGUCUGAGCUUUCACUGAAAGGAGAAAUAAAGUAAUAGAAU